GGAAUAACAUAUUUUUUAUUUCCAUAUAUGAUUGUUAUUCCUUCUGUUACCCUUUGAGCAAACUUGUUUCCCCAUAUUUAUUGCACCCAAAAAUCCCUUCUUCAGCUUCACUUCAUUAAAUUGGGUAACUGAAUCAUCUGUUUUAUUCUUCCUCUGCCAUGGCUCUGUUUCAGUGUCGAAUUCCAUUUUCAGCGGUAUCUCCAUCUGUUUCUCCAAGAAUUGAAUUUACAAAAUUGUUUCUUGGAAAUAGUAGUAACCCAUUUGUUAAAACUACCCAAAAGAAGUUUUCAUCUCUUUGCUAUGCUUUGAAAAAUUCCAAUAAGCAUUCAUCCAUAUCCACAUUUAGUGAGUUGAUUGAGGCUUUAAUUAGUGGGAAAGAUUUGACGGAAUCUGAAUCAGAAGAUUCUCUUGAUUUCUUGUUGGAUGGUGCUGAUGAAGCUUUGAUUAGUGCUUUUCUUGUUCUUUUGAGAGCUAAAGGAGAAACCUUUGAAGAAGUAGUGGGAUUGGCAAGGGCAAUGAUAAAGCAUUGCAGACAAGUUGAAGGUUUAGGUGACGCAGUUGAUAUUGUUGGGACAGGAGGGGAUGGAGCAAACACGGUGAAUAUCUCAACAGGUGCCUCAAUUCUUGCUGCAGCUUGUGGUGCAAAAGUAGCCAAGCAAGGGAAUAGAUCCAGUUCAUCCGCUUGUGGGAGCGCAGAUGUAUUGGAAGAACUAGGUGUUGCCAUUGAGCUGGACCCUGAGGGGGUGAAAGAGUGUGUAAAUCAAGCUGGAAUUGGUUUCAUGAUGUCUCCGAUCUACCAUCCGGCAAUGAAGAUCGUCAGACCUAUCAGAAAAAAGCUGAAAGUAAAGACGGUGUUCAACAUCUUGGGACCUAUGUUGAACCCAGCAAGAGUGCCGUUUGCUGUAGUAGGAGUUUACAAAGAAGACCUGGUCCAUAAAAUGGCUAAAGCAUUGCAAAGAUUUGGCAUGAAAAGAGCAUUGGUUGUUCACUCAGAAGGCCUAGAUGAGAUGAGUCCUCUUGGCCCUGGAUUAGUCCUUGACGUCACACCAGAUAAUAUUGAGAAGUUCUCCUUUGAUCCAUUGGACUUUGGCAUCCCUCGUUGCACUCUUGAAAGCCUACGAGGUGGAGGUCCAGAGUACAAUGCCGAGAUGCUCAGACGUGUGCUGUCAGGAGAAAAAGGGUCAAUUGCUGAUGCAUUUGCACUAAAUGCAUCAGCUGCUCUCCUGGUAAGUGGACGCGUUGAUAAUCUGGCUGAAGGAGUGGAAUUAGCUCGCGAGACACUACUCUCUGGCAAAGCGGUGAAGACACUUGAUCUAUGGAUAGAAGUUUCCAAUACGGUGAAGGAAGCAGUCUGCAUGAACUGAUGGAAUACGCCAAGCUGACCACGUUAUAUUCUCGGGGCUCAACAGCUUUCCCUGCUCUGAGUAAUGGUUAAAAGAUUCAAAAUCAAAGAAAAAGACUGGAUAACACAACUCAACUUGCAAUUUUGGUUUGUAAAAGGAUUAGAAUAAAGGGUUGAAAGAGAACAAAAAAUAAAUGUAAACUUUGGCUUGUGAAAUUUGCAAGGCAACUGUAGAUUUCUGUGGAAAGCAUUGUUUGUAAUACUUACUUGUGACGAUAACCAAGCAAAGCAAGUGGCUCCUUGUUAGUUGUUGGCCAUUAAAUUUUUUUUUUAUCA